AUGAGUGAACAACUUUGCUAUACCUAUAUAGAGACCGAGGUCACUGGUGCACUUUUGGUGUUCAAAGAACGAACGCAAAGUCUAGUUUUUGCUUCAUUAGGCAAAGAUGAAUCUUUUCUUAUAACAAAUUUGAAAGAUUUCUUGAAGAAAAAUGAGAAGCAGGAUGUAAAGCACGAGUUAUAUGAGUUGAAAGACAUAGGAAAAUAUGGAGAGUUGAUUGAAAACUACAAAAUAUGCCUAGGAAAUAAGAUGCCGUUACCGCCAGAUGCUAUUCCCUUUGAGUUCCUAUUUGGAACGAAAUUCCAACGUAAGGUUUGGAACGAACUAUUGAAAGUGGAACAUGGCCAUGUUGCUACAUAUGGUGAUAUUGCCAAAAAAAUAGGGAAACCAUCGGCUGCGAGAUCUAUUGGAAGAGCAUGUGGCGCAAACAAUUUGGCACUUGUGGUGCCAUGCCAUAGAAUCAUUGGUAGUAAUAAGAAGCUAACUGGAUAUAAAUGGAGCCUUAAUUUGAAAGAACAAUUGCUAAAUAAUGAAAGGACAUGUAAGGUGAAACUUAACGAGGUAUGA